CAACCCUCUGCCCUCCCCUCCGCCUCCGCCCUCCUCCUCUACCUCGAGCGGCCAGCCAACCGCGCGGCCGCUUCUUGAAACCGGCUCCUCGGUCGCCAUGACGCCCGGCAAACAUUCCCAAGCCGCUGACGCGGGCGGUUGGGGUCCGGGUCCGGGCACCCCAGAGCCGCUAGGGAAGGGGCGCUGAGCCCUAGUCUGCGGGUCGCCACCAUGUACGGUUCUCCGUCGAGCACCCGCAAGCAGACCAUCUUUUCCGCGAGUCCCAGCUCACAAACAAGGAAGUCCAUUAGCUUUAUUAACCCAUCAAAAUCAAGUUCAGGAAAAGGAUAUGUUGGUGCAAAUCAAAGCAGACUGGGCAUGUCGAGAACUAUGGUUACUGUACCAGAGAUGAAGCCUGCAGAAAAACUGAAUAUUUCUAGCAUUAAGACAGUACAGGUGUUUGAUGCAAGAGGCGUUGAUGUCACUCCCCGACCUCUCUACCAUCCAGAUCCACUUGUUGGAACAGCAAAGCCAAAUAAACUCUUGACGUCACAAGAAGGAUCACUUGGAUCAGAUUUUAUUUCUUCAUAUAGCCUGUAUCAAAAUACAAUCAACCCUAGUAUGUUAGGGCAGUUCACAAGGUCAGUUCUGGGGAGCAGCACAGUGUCCAAGUCAAGUGUGUCCACAACUGAAUCAAUAACAGAGGACCUAGAAGAACCAGCUUACAAGAGGGAAAGACUGGCUAGUUUUACAGAUGUUCGAGUUCUGAGGACUACACCUGAAACAGCUAUAACAAAGGAAGAGCUGGAGAAGAACAUAGAGAUCAUUCUCUCAGAGACGGAAACACUGAAAUUUUUUGAUCUGCCAACAGUCAUAUUCUCGAUAGAAUCUGAAGAAGCUGAGAAAAUAAUACUGAAAAAUAAGAAUUAUGAAAUCCUUUGUAGAAAUAGGUUAGGCAAUGACCUAUAUGUGGAAAGGAUGAUGCAAACAUUUAAUGGAGCACCAAAGAAUAAAGAGGUUCAGUGUGAAAAAAUCAUAACGGAAGAAAAAGGCAUAAUGGCCACUUCCUGGGAUUUGUAUGAUUCUUUCAACAGUCCCGAAGCUCUGCUAUCAGCAAAACAAUCUUUGGCUGGAAGUAAAGGAAAUUUACUUGCUAAAGACCAGGACCCAAAACUAGACGGAAAUGAAACUAGUUCCUUAAUGGAUAUAGAAAAUGUAAUUCUUGCUAAAGUUCAUGAAGAUGAAGAAGACCAUUCAGAGGCAAUAUUAAAAUCUGAGAAGCUUCAACAAGACUUAUUUUUCAUGGAAAGGGUUUUAAUGGAAAAUGUAUUUCAGCCAAAGCUUGCAGCCUACCGUCAACUCCCUGUUUUAAAAGAGCAUGAGCCUGGAGAGCCUGAAGAAGUUUUGGAAGAAGAAAGUCAUGAGGAAAUGGAGGAAGAGGUCAAGAAGGAUGACGAAGAAGAAACGGAACUGGAACUAGAGAUAACCACAGAGCAGUCGACAAUACCAGCCAACCUGGAACGGCUCUGGUCCUUCACCUGUGACUUAACCAAGGGCCUCAAUGUGAGCAGCCUUGCCUGGAAUAAAGCAAAUCCAGAUCUUUUGGCUGUUGGCUAUGGAAAUUUUGGAUUUAAAGAGCAAAAAAGAGGAAUGGCUUGCUGCUGGUCAAUAAAGAACCCUAUGUGGCCAGAGCGCAUUUAUCAGAGUGCAUAUGGAGUUACCUCUGUGGACUUUUCAAUCGGCACACCUAACCUGCUAGCAGUUGGCUACCACAAUGGCACGGUUGCCAUUUACAACGUACAGAGCAGCAAUAACACUCCAGUUCUGGACAGUAGUGAGUCACCUCAAAAACAUCUGGGCCCUGUUUGGCAAGUGCAGUGGAUAGAGCAAGACAGAGGAACUACAGGGGACGACAAAAGAGAAAUCUUGGUGUCUAUAUCAGCUGACGGAAGGAUCUCCAAGUGGAUUAUCCGCAAAGGGCUGGAUUGUCAUGAUCUGAUGCGACUGAGGCGAACUACAACUACCAGCAGCAAAAAGGGAGGGGAAAAGGAAAAGAAAGGCGAGGCUUUGAUAUCUCGACAGGCUCCUGGAAUGUGCUUUGCUUUUCACCCCAAGGACACCAAUAUCUAUCUGGUUGGCACAGAAGAAGGCCUUAUUCACAAGUGUUCCUGUUCUUACAAUGAGCAAUACCUAGAGACCUAUAGAGGACACAAGGGUCCAGUGUAUAAAGUCACGUGGAACCCAUUUUGUCCUGAUGUCUUCUUGAGCUGCUCUGCAGAUUGGGGUGUCAUGGUCUGGCGUCAGGAGACUCUCAAGCCGUUUUUGAGUUUUUACCCAACUACUUUCGUUGUUUAUGAUGUCGCCUGGUCUCCAAAAUCUGCCUAUAUUUUUGCUGCUGCAAAUGAGAGCAGAGUAGAGAUUUGGGACCUUCAGAUCAGCACUUUGGACCCUCUGAUUGUGAAUGUUGCUAACCCUGGAAUCAAGUUCACAACUAUUCUCUUUGCCAAACAGACAGAUUGCCUUCUAGUAGGAGAUAGCGAUGGGCAGGUUGCAGUCUAUGAACUGAGAAAUAUGCCUACUGCUUCAGAGAGUGGCCGGGGAGAUGUAAUAAGCAUUCUGCUUGGGCCCAAGACAAGCCAACCAGAGUAA